AUGGAGUCAUCGGCGCCCAAGAGGCGCAAGACAUCUCCAACAUCUUCUGUCCCCGUCGAGUCCACCACCCCGCCAGAUCCUCCACCACAUCAGCAGCCACCAGAACUGCAACCAACAACAGAAUCCCCCACGAGGUCAAGCGGACCCAGGCACCAGAUCGCGUCGAGCCGAGCCGAGGAUCUACCUGCAUCACAACCAGACUCCCCCGAUGACGACGCCGCCGACGUCUCGAACGCCCUCACGGCACAGCUCGAGCACCAUUCCGAAGGAGACGGCACCGCGUCGUCUCCAACCUCCCGGCCACAAGAUGCAGCUACAACGGCUUACAGCGCGCCAUCCGACGCCGGCACGAGUCAAGAGAGGUCGGGGUCGCGAUCACCAGUGAGGAGGGCGGGCGGCGCGACCCUCGGCGCACAACCAGCCCGGCGCUCGCCCAGUCGGCCGCAACCAAGACCGCUACCACCUCCCGCGCCCGAGAACGAGGAAGACCUGUUCAACCCCUUCAUUGGGCGGGCUCUUCAACGCUCGCCGCUCAACACAGGCGUGCUGCCUGUCGCUGUCCCCCAAGAGCCCGAACUGCCCCCCACGCCCCACCAUCUCGAUCCCGUGGUUAGCACUCCACCGUCGGGGAUCCAUCAUACGCCGUCCAAGAGACGUCGCCAGGGAAAUGCUGGGCGUCUUGCGCGACAGGAAUCACCGUCCAAAGGGGCUUCACAAGACAAUCAUGGCCUACCGCAGAAAGAGUCACAGAAACCCAGGGUGUUUCGCGUCGCUAGACGCGGGAGUCCGGUACGAAUCGUCGAACAGGAGUUGCCCACGGCACAGGAAUCCAGAGAACAGGAUGAGAAGCCGACGAGCGAGUUUGCGCCGGGAACACAUCCGCGUCGGAGCAUAAGACUUAACCCGCUCGCGGAAAAGCAGAGACAGCGCGAUGCAUUGUUGCGCGAGGUGGCGCAACUAGAGGCAGAUCUUGAACUAGCUACCAGGGAAAAUCAAGCCGCAGCCCAGGGUGUGUCUUCACUCGCGGACAGCAGUGACGUCUUGGAUCUCUUUCGCCGUCACCUUCUCCCAGCCCAGAUGGACGAGGAGCCCGACUCAACUACAAAAUGGCUGGAGACAGCGAUGAAUCCCAUAGCGAUGUUAGGAUUCAACGGGUCCUCGUCGGCUUUUCUCCCACCACCUAUACCACAACAGGAGGAAGAACCGGAGCGACCUCCCACCUCGCACCAUCCAAUCCCAAUGUCCGCCGCAGAAGAACUUCCCUAUCUGCAAGUCUUUACGCCCCUAACCUUCACCUCGAAGUCCACCACCAUCUCCGCCCCCUCUGACCAUGGAGAGCCCAUGCUGAAAAAGCUCUCAAUCCGCAUCGGAUCUGCCACACCGCCCGACCUUUUCGUCGCCGGAAUGGAAAUGACAGUCAACACCCGCACCCUUGCAGUGUCGUCCCUCGCCGUGCCCAAGCUCGACCCGGCCGCUAGAAGGGAACUUCAGCCGUUCAUCGACAACAUCACCAGUAGCUGGAAGCCACCACACAGCGCGCUUACACGGAACAUCAGCGUCCUUGCGUGGGCUAUGAGCGAGUGGUACCGCGUCGCGCUAAAGAGGGCCAAGUUCUGGCACUCGCUGGAGAAACAGCUCGGGCCGGAGGGCAAAGAUGGUCUUUCUGACGUUGUGAGGGUCAUGAGGACGAGGAAGAGGCGGAAGAGGCGAGCGCGGGGAGAAGUGGACGACGUCGGUGGCAGUUUUGAGUCCGCCGACUCGGCGGGCGGGUCCCUUGAUGGCAUGCUGCUUUCAAAGGCGGACCUGCUGCCGCACAUGGGCAGGUCAACCAUGGACCUGAGCAUUCCCUGUCUCGCUGAUGAGGGAGUCAGGACGUCGUCGGAGUUGCGUGUCAGCUGGGGCAUCGAAUUUGACUGGACUGGCGAGGCGAGGAGCAAGCUUGGUGUGGAGGUCGGCGUUCCGGGAAAGUGGCAAGCGUCUGAUGAUCGCAAAAGUAUUACUGGGAUACCCACGUUGUUUGACAGGCUCGUACAAGGCGGCGAGGACCCGCUGACGGGCGUCAAGACGGUAGUUGCUCUGCUGGCGGGCGAGCCAGCGUCUUGA